UCAGAAUCGACAACUUGUCAGGGACACACAGACAGACAGGUAGCAGAAAGUAAAUGUCCCGGAGGAAUUUACUACGAGUACGAAAGUGUAUCAAUACGACAUAAACAAUGGCUGAUCAGAAUGCAGUGCCAAAUGGAGGUGGGGACCCUAGACGGGAUGACACAUUCGAGAUGGACCUGAAAGAAAUCCUGGAGGAUGGCCCAAACCUCAAUGACAUGAGCAACACUGUCCAGAGUGGCUCGCCCAAAAAAACUAUCAGUAGGUCUUACAGUGGGAGCUCUGUGUCUGCUGCUAGCUUUGGAUCCACUGAACCACGACUAACUCGGUCAUUUACUAUGCCUCCUGCUACCAGUAAUGUUCCACUAUCUAGUCAAACACCAGUCCAGAGUAAUGGGGACUUUAUUCCUAAGACGGUUUCAGCAGCACAGUCCAAACUGGAGUCUAUACGACACUGGAGCGUGAACACUUUUAAGUGUACAAAGCAGUACCUGGCUGAGAGAUUAGGGAAGGGUUCCAAGACUGUUGAUCUGGAGCUGGAGACACAAAUAGAGGUUCUUAGAGACAUGCAGCGCAAAUAUGCCAAUAUUUUACGUCUGGCACGUACCCUUACCAAUCACUUCUACCAAGUGGUACAGACCCAACGAGCUCUGGGUGAGGCGUUCGGAGAGCAGGGGCAACGUAGCCCUGAACUACACGAAGAAUUCUCCUACAACUGUGAGACACAGCGUGCACUGGUCAGGAACGGAGAAACACUACUAGGUGCCAUGAACUUCUUCACAUCGAGUGUCAACACAUUGUGUAAUAAGACCAUGGAGGAUUCCCUGAUGACUGUCCGACAAUACGAACAUGCACGGUUAGAAUAUGAUGCGUACAGAAACGACCUGGAGGUACUACAGCUGGGUCCUCGAGAUGGGGGCACUGUGUCCAAGAUAGAAGAGUCCAAGCGCAAGUUUGAUGACUACAAAGUUAAAUUUGAACAAUUGAGGGCUGACGUUACCAUCAAACUGAAAUUCCUAGAUGAGAAUAGGGUUAAAGUGAUGCACAAACAACUCCUGCUGUUCCACAAUGCUGUUUCUGCAUAUUUUACUGGUAAUGAUGCCGCCCUUGAAGCCACCCUGAAGCAGUUUAACAUCAAGCUGAAGGGAGCCAACACAGAAAUGCCAUCUUGGUUAGAGCAGUGAAGAACCAGGUCACGGAGCAUGCCUAUAUAUACAGCCUCAUAUCAUCACAAGUCGUCUAUGUAGUCAACAACGUCAUUGUUUAUCGAGUCUGAAAGUUAUUCAUGAUCAUUCAAUAUGUCACUUUCUAUUCCUUUUAGAGGAGACCAACAAAGAUUCUAAUUUAAACUUAAUCAAGUUUAAUAUUGUAAAUCAUAAUUAUUCACCUGUAAUGCUUUGAAGCCAGAACAUAGUUUUUGAAAAGGUUACACAGGUACUCAUGAAAAGUUUCAUCAUAACUACAGUUGUCAGCGGCAAACCAGUUUACUGAUUCUCAGUCAAAAACCAGAAAAUAGUUGCACAAAUCACUUCAAUAAAUGUUCAGACAUAAUAUAUUUUCUUAAAGAGACAUAAUAUAUGACUCUGAAGAGACAUAAUGAAUAACAUAUUCUCCUAAAGAGUAAUGUACUGGUAAUUGUGCAAAGGACUAUUAUAGAAAUGUUAUUAAAUAUUUGUUUAGGUAAAAUCUUCUAUGGUCAAUCCUGAAAAAAAGAAAUUCAAAAUCAUCAAUUUUUUUUUUUAUAAAACUUCCAUUAUAAUGCAUUAUAUUCAAAGGAAUUUCUUCUUUUUAGUACAUGUAGAUGUUAGAUGCUGGAUUUAAUUUUUUUGUCAUUGUAGUAUUUGGUAAAAAUGUGUUGAAAUAAGGGACAGCGGAAUAAAUGUUAUAAUUGACCACAAGAUGGUGCAUGCAUAACAAACAUAUAUAAUACACAUAAUAGCUCUGUCAGUAUCUUUCAAACAAGUCAAAUAUAUGUAACUUACGACUGAUAUCAUUUAAUAAAAAUUCAUAACGGAAAUCAGAAUUAUAAAAUUUGAUAAUGGUGACAGGAAAGACCAUAACAGUUGCUAUUAUAAUACAAUAUUUUUUUUUUUUAUAAAUCCUUUGAGAAGAAAACUUUAAAAAGUGGUGACGUUGUGUUCCAUACUUACAGCUUAUAUGUUACAGCGGAACUUAUAUGUUUCAGCAGAACUUAUAUGUUUCAGCGGAACUUAUAUGUUUCAGCAGAACUUAUUCUCGGUUGUCUUAUAAAACACACAGUGAAGUACCUACAUAGAUAUUUUGUUUACAUAGUUUUUCAGAUUAUGAAGGGUUUAAUUUUGAUAGACUACAAUGUAGAAAUAUUUUCAUUGUCAGAAAUCAUGCACAUUUUAUUGAACAUGAACGCAGAAAAUGUCAGGAAAUGUUAUUUUAUUUACAUGGAUACAAGAAGGCCAAACAAAGUAGAUUUAUGUUACAAUGCAUAUCUACUUGUGUUCCUGUCAUUUGCUGUCAGAAUGGUUGCUUUUGUCCAGUGUUGUGGAUUUCAUAAUGUUGAAUUAAAGGCUUUGCACCUCAGGUUUUUUGCAUAAUCAACUUUUAAAUUGCGUCCAUUUUCACUGCAUCAAAACAAAAGGAACAUCAGUACUUAUUUAAGGUGAAUCUUUGUUGAUUUUAAUGCUGUGUUUGAUACUUUUUUGAUGAUCUCUUGCAACUUUUGCUGAAUAGCAUAUCAUGGGGAGAUCUUUUCCAAUAUGUUAGUUUAAAUAUUUUCAUAUCUCUCAAACAGUAGUUUGAUGAGUUACAGAUCUUUUGUUAGGGACUUCUUAAUAUUAUUUAAUGAAUAUAUUUAACUUUUUUGUUACUCUACAAAUGAAAAAGAAUUACUCUAUACAAAAGUUUUGUUACUCUGACUUAUGCUGACAAGAAAAAUGGUCUACUUCGAUACUUCAGUUGCUUGAAUAUUACCAGUUUGAGAUCAAGUUCAUUCUGAAAAUGGUUUGAAAUCCACUGCAGGCAUUUAUUCAAAAACUGGUUGUGUGAUUUUUAUUUUGUGAUGUGAUUCAUGAAUAUAUUGGAACAGUUUUGUUUUAUGUAAAUAAUAUGUUUUUUUACUCAUGUUAAAGCUGUACAUUUAUUGUAAAAUAAUGAUUUAAGAUUAAGGUCAGUAUGACCCAUUUUAAGUGCAUUUUACAUAAAUAUUUGUAAGAUUGAAAUCCUCUGUAUAUGGAAGCAUUGCUGUAUGUAAAUCCUUGCUUUGGAUGUUUUUAGGUCUUCCUCAGUAUGGGAGGGAGAGAGACGGAGGGAGGGAGGUAGAGAGUUAGUGAAAGAGGGAGGGAGGGAGUUGGGAGAGAGAGAGAGAGGGAGGGAGGGAGAGGGAGGAAGAGAGGUGCCUGAACCAUUGCGACUGAGAUUUUUGUUUUGUUUUUGUCAUAUUAUCUAGAUAUUUUGGAAGGCGUCUUUUGUUAUGUAGAUUUGGUGUAUUGUCGUCAUUCAGCAUUUGUUUAGUACCAGAAACCUAACCAUGUCUGGAGGAAUUGAUGUCAGCUCUAAUAGGAAAUGUAUGGUGUAUUUGUUAUGGGCUUGUGUAUCUUUUGAGUGUAUUUUUGUUAAAUUUAUGAUCCUGUAUAUUAAGAAGUCGCAAAAUAUGCUGUUUAACCCUUGAAAUGUAUGGCACUCAGUCACAGACAUACAUACACAUACGUAAUCUCUCAUUCCUGCGCCUACAUCACAUAAUUGUCCAGGUCAGAAAGUAGGGUAAGAAAUUUCUAUCUUACACCUAAUUUCAUUUGGGUGACUUCAUAAUUGGACAACAAUAACCAUAAGGAUUUCAAAUUAGGGUAAAACCCACAGCAAGCCUCUGAUUUUACCCAAUUUGGAACCGGUGGGUGGAAUGUCCCUAUCCUUCACCCCCAGACAUGAAAUAGUCAAAAUGUUCCAGUGUUUGGCAAGAGACCACGUGUAUGCUCCCUAGUUACUUGAAGUGGAUCCCUUAUAGGCUCAGUACCCUGGAUGCACCAAUUGUAAGCUAAAACGUUACUAAAUUACCUAGUCUGUUGGUAGUAAUAUAUUGGCCAAGUUAUUAGCAGUUGACCUCCUGUAGGCUCCCCAUUCACAGCAGUGGACCACCUGUCGGUUCCCUGGUCACAGGCAGUUGGCUAUCUGUUUGAUCUUUCAGCCAUUGGCAUUUGACUACCUGCAGGAUUCCUUGUCACUGGCAUUCGAACACCUGUAGGCUUCUGGUCAUUUGAUUACCUGUAGUUGACCUAGUCAUUGGACCCCCUGUGGGCUCCCCAUUCACCGGCAGAAGGCCACCUGUAAAAACACCAGUCACUUGCAGUGAACUCCUGUAGCAUUCCCAGUUUCUGCCCUUGGCCCACUGACAGUGUGUAUCUGUGAUACUGUAGGAUAUAUCUGUUCAUGUCCAACACAUUUAAUUCUGCUGUUUAUUUCCUUAUUUUCACUAUAUGUUGUCAGCUACUGUAAUUAUUAUAUUAUCCUGAGUUGUAAUCAUUUAUAUUUCUCUAACUUUCUUAACUUAAAGUGUUACUGUGUAUUCAGUACUGUUAUGUAGUACAGCAAAAACACCAGCAUCUUAUCAUAUUCACAAACAAAUUUGUGUAUACUGAAACUCUCCCUUUUAUAAAGCUGCUGGCCUAAUGAUACUAGAAAGGUUGUAAAACCUGAAAUAUGACUUUGAAAGUAUCACAUAUCUUGCAGCAUUAUGACUCUUCUAGUCAUUGAUUUACCAACAGUAAAAAAUAGUAAAAACAAAUUUAAUAAAAUAACCCAGGCAUUAUCAAUAUAAUGUAUUAUUCAACCAUGAUAAAUGUAUAUAUAAACAUACAAGUAUAUUGGAUACAAAUCAUUAACUAGUUCAUAGUUUGUCUUUCUGAUUCUUAGACUUCCUUUAUUUUAAUAGAUCUCGGAGCAUUGAAGUUGUCACUAUUUUACCUAAAAUCUUUACAAGAUGUAUAUUUUUUUUCAUUAUUCAAACGAUGUGAUUCAUUCGAGUAAAGCUUAUUAAAUAUCUGAUGAUUUUACCCUUCGGUGGACUAUUAUAUCACAGCUGCCAGAGAUUAUCUUUGACAUACCUUCCAUACAAUCCUGUGCAAUAUUUUGUUGAAAAUGUUAUAUUUCAUCUGAAUCAAUUACCAUUUGUUACUAGACAGUUUCAUGCAGUCAACCAUGUACAAGAUAUGUUAACUGUUUGUGUUGUCCUAUCUCAUAUUUAUUAUCCACAGAAUAUUGAGUUCUUUCUAUUGCUUGGUUUGGUUUGUUUGUGUUUACUUCCUAUUAACAGCUAUGGUCAUUUAAGGAUGUGCCAGGUUUUGGUGGUGGAGGAAAACCGGAGUUCCCGGAAAAAAACCCAACGACCUACCGACAGUACCUUCCUUAAUGCAUAUACACUGUUAAAGUAAUUUUUUAACACAUCUUGUGUUACAGAACAACAACACUCUCAGCUAUGUGUAAUCAUUGUCUUUGAUACUAUGUCAGAACUCUUAUAAUUUUCACAUAUAAAAAUGAUGGUAUCUUCAAUUAAAUAUAGCAUCAGUUUUGCAAUUUUAUUUAUUAAAGCUUAAAAUAUGAAGUUUCCUGUGUUCAUAUUUACAAUUGGUGAGCAGUCAACUUAUUUCAUUUCAAAAUUCCAAUACAGUUUUAUUUAAUUAUUUAUAUUUGUUUAUGCACAUUUCUAUAGUAAAUGUCAAACUUGUUUUGUUUAAUGGCAAAUUUAUUCUGUGAUCAUGGUUCAUAUGUCGGCAACUGAUCAUUUUACUUUACAUUAUGGAUACUUUAAAGGGUAUCCUGUAAUACCUUUGAUGCCGAAUUUCUCUAUGAAUGUGUAUCCAAGAUACUUCAUUAUCACUUCUUGUAACGUCACUGAUCAACACAUAAAUCCAUAUCAAAUUAUAAUCUUUGCAUUGCUGUGUAAGCAAGUCAUAUGGGACCACAGAAUAUGUUGAGUAUAACCUAUCUUUAUAUUUUCCUUUUAAAAAGGAAUGAACAUUUCAUAAUUAUAAUUAUGUGUGUAUAUAUAUAUACAUGUACAUGAAUUCCAUGGAUUUAUACAGCCCCCUCCCUACCACCUGACAUACUGUUAACAUGUUCUUCUUUGUACCUCUUAUUAGUCUACAAGUACAAGUUGUGUGUUAAUUUUGAUUGGUUGAACUUUUGGGAGAUGUUUCACAUUGUCUUCUCAACAAUAUUUUCCACAUUCUUCAUUGGUUUGUGGUCGUUUUUAGCUGCGAUUUUUCAGUAGACCCCUUGCUAUAGAAACAAUUGAAUGACAUUUUUUUAACUAUGUAUGACAUAUAAUAGGUGGCCAUGGCCAUUGGUAUAGAAAGCAUAUUUCUUUUGCUGGAACAUUUUUAGGGUCUCUGGGAGAGAAAAAAACCCACCAUUCCCUGCCCCGAGAGAAUGGAAAUGAAAUUCCAAUCCUUUGGGUGUGAUACCUUAAUGACCCUGGUUAACCCUUUCACCACUGUAGACCAUAAUUGACUCAUCUAGAUCAAUGCAUGGUAGAGUCUACUAAAGUUACAUAGGGGUGAAAGGGUAAAGGGCUUAAGGCGUUCACGAAUCUUGGUUGAAAUUUGUUUGCUAUACCCUCAAGGGAAGGAAAGAUACAUUAUAUCAGUCAAUCACUGGUCUACAUUAAUGCAAUAGGGUAUGUGUACAUAGGUGAUAGUUUGUGACCCAUUGCUAAGAAAAACAUGGAAAAUGAAAUAAUUCUUCAAUGGAUUUCGCAAAGUAGUAACGAAAUUGUAUGUGUAUAUUUAUUUUGUAUAAAAUCAAACCAUAGGAAUCGGUGAUGCAAUAACAGUCAUGUAGCAGAAUACAUACCUAAAAAUGUUCUAGUAGCUUUGGUAAAAUAGUAUAUUUACAUAUAAAUGUUCUAGUAGCUUUGGUAAUUGUGUGGGUUAGAUAUUUAUGUAUUGGAGCAAAUAAUGAUAUACUAGUCCAGAAUUUUAGUUAGUAGUCUUGGUUAUUAGACCAUUCAAACCAAGGAUAGUGGCAAGAUCAGCAUGCAAACCCUUAUAUUUAUGUUGAUCUUGAAAUGGCAAAGAAAAAUAGCUGACUUGGUUUUUCUUGUAGAUCAAAACAUUCUACAAUUUAGUUACACAAUGAAUUUAAGGUAUUUUAGAAUGUGACAGUUUUCAUAAUAAUUUUGAACUUCUUAUGCUAGUAUAGAAUUUAACAGGUUUGCAUAGUUUUACCAACUAAAGGUAACAUUCAGUAUAUGUAACUACAUCAUGUAUUAUUAUUAUUAUUCAAAAUUGUGUCAUUGUCUUCAAGGUAUAAAUACACAUAACUAUGAUAUAUACAUUAAUGUGAUUGAAAAAGUUUUGGUUCACUGGUUUCUAAUGAAAGAACAAACUAUUUUAAGGAUCUAAAUAUUGUAAUCAAUUGAGGUUGAACAGUGUAAUGUAUUUUAGAAAGCUUCAUGGACUAGAAACUAUCGGCAAAUGUCGGUUUUAAUUGAUCUUUACCAUGCUAGUUAAACAGUAGUACUCCCAGCUCAUUACUAUUUGCAAUCUAUACGAAAUGUAUGAAAUCUCGGUAUUGAAUUGUUACGACUAAGUCACUCGUAUUAUUUAUUUAUUGGGGUACUCUGGUUCUGAUGGUAUAAAACUCACUUUGCUGUGCUGUACAUGUAUUCAUAUAGACGCUUGAGAAACUAUAGCUAAUAUCACACUUUCCAUGUGUAUAAAAUAUCCAUGUUAUAUAAGGUCUGUGAAAUACACCAAAUGAAUAAACAUUAAAAAACAAAA